CUGAACAAAAUGAAUUUCAUUACAAGGCUUUCUGCUUUAUGUCUGAGGAAAAGCAAGAUGCAACAGAGGCACCGAAGUAGUAGACGACCAGCCGUUCCACUUGGAUCACGGAUUUUAACUGAUUCUUCUAAGGUUUUUGAGCAUAACAUGUGGGACCACAUGCAGUGGUCACAAGAAGAGGAGGAGAAUGCCAAGCAAAAAGCGUUAGAGAACUCACUUGUGAAAGUCCAGUGGGAAGACCAAGAUAAAUACGAGAGAGAAGCCAGUAAAUACUGGAAUGAAUUUUACAAGACUCAUAAAAAUAACUUUUUCAAGGAUCGCAAUUGGCUGUUUCUGGAGUUUCCAGAAAUUCUUCCAGAAACAAGGAGGGAAGAGUUGAAAAUAGAAGAAAGAUCUUCAGAACACACAAAAUUAAACAGUACCAACAUUUUUUUGCACAAAAAUGAAAUGUUUCAGGAAGAAGAAAAAUAUUGGAAGAAAAAUUAUGGAAGUGGUUCUACUUCUGUACAAGGAUAUGUAUAUAAUAAAAACCAAGCAAAAUGUCUUACUGACAAUCCUGUGGGUAAAAACUGUGGAGAAGAACUGGGCCAGCUAGAAUCCUUCCCUGGUAGUGAUGCCACUCACAGAAUAUUAGAGGUUGGUUGUGGUGCUGGAAACAGUGUCUUUCCUAUUUUGAAAGUUCUGUGCAAUACACCUGGAACCUUUCUCUACUGUUGUGAUUUUGCUUCAGGAGCAGUGGAGCUGGUAAAGUCACAUUCGUCCUACAAUUCUGCCUGGUGUUCUGCCUUUGUUCAUGAUGUGUGUGAUGAUGCUUUAUCCUAUCCUUUUCCAGAUGAGAUCCUGGAUGUCAUUCUCCUUGUCUUUGUGCUCUCUGCUAUUCAUCCUGACAGGAUGCAAGGGGUUGUAAAUAGGUUGGCUAAACUACUGAAACCUGGAGGAAUGUUGUUAUUUCGAGACUAUGGAAGAUACGAUACAGCUCAACUUCGUUUUAAAAAAGGUCAUUGCUUGUCAGAAAAUUUUUAUGUACGAGGAGAUGGAACCAGAGUGUAUUUCUUUACCAAAGAUGAGGUAUGGAAGAUGUUCAACUUGGCUGGCUUAACUGAAGUACAGCAUUUAGUUGAUCGGCGAUUACAAGUAAACAGGAAGAAAAAAGUGAAAAUGCAGCGAGUUUGGAUACAAAGCAAAUUCCAAAAACCAUUGCUGCUAUCUCUGAAUAAUCCUGAAGAAACCACCGAAAGGCACCCUUAUAAAUAA